CCCCGCCCUAGUGUCGCGAGAGCGUAACGGCGGAGUCUCGCGAGGACUGUGAGGCGGUCCUAACCGAAGCUGCGGAAGGCGGGUCGCUGCCGCGGGAACUCCCUGGAUAUUUACAUUGUCUGCCUCUCGGCGCAGGAGCCAUAACUUGAAGACAAUGUCUGGAAGCUUCUACUUUGUCAUUGUUGGCCACCACGAUAAUCCAGUUUUUGAAAUGGAGUUUUUGCCAGCUGGAAAAGCAGAAUCCAAAGACGACCAUCGUCACCUGAACCAGUUCAUAGCUCACGCGGCCCUCGACCUGGUAGAUGAGAACAUGUGGCUGUCCAACAGCAUGUACUUGAAAACUGUGGACAAGUUCAAUGAGUGGUUCGUUUCGGCAUUUGUUACUGCGGGUCAUAUGAGAUUCAUUAUGCUUCAUGACAUAAGGCAAGAAGAUGGAAUAAAGAACUUCUUUACUGAUGUCUAUGAUUUAUACAUAAAGUUUGCAAUGAAUCCCUUUUAUGAACCCAAUUCUCCUAUUCGAUCCAGUGCAUUUGACAGAAAAGUCCAGUUUCUGGGGAAGAAACACCUUUUAAGCUGAAUGCAGGAAAAUUCGGAAAUAAUCACCACAAUGGGGUAUACUCAGGAAUGUGUACAUUGUAAGUUACUUGAUUAAAUAGACUGGAAAAGUUUUACUUGUAGUCUCAAUCUAUCUAAACCUAAUGAAAUUACUUUCAUAGUUAAAAAUAGUGCAUUCACUUUCUUAGAAUUAGCAGUAGAUCAAUAUUUGUUGAGGAAUAGUUAUUUAUAAGGCGUUCUUUAUCCAUAACCUUGAAAUACCUUUAUUUUAAAAAUGGAAAAUAAGCUUUUGACUUCCACAUUCAGAUAGCUUGACCUUGAUGUAACAGCCCCGAACCAAAUGCCAUUGUCAGGAUGUGGAAGACAGUCAAGCGUCUGCGUUGUGGAGUGAAGUUGAUAGUAGGGACACGGGCUUACCUAUACAUCCGGGGAUGUUAUAGAAAUGUAUAGGCACUAUGCAUAGCAUUACUCAAGGUGCUGAAGCAAACAGCUUUUGCAGCAUCCAAUGCCACAUGCCUGCCUGCCUGCCUGCAACUGGGGACAGUGAUCCCGCUGUCACUCUGGAAUCCAGGAUCCAUGUCUGGAAAAUGAGAGACUGGGCCCAAAGUGCCGGGCGGUGUUCUUUUAUUUCCUUUCCCUUAGACUGUAUAUUAUUCAGGGGUGUCCAACCUGAUGCCCGUGGACCGCAUGCAGCCCAUGAUGGCUAUGCCGCCCAACACAAAAUGGUCAAUUUACUUACAACAUGAGAUUUGUGUGUGUGAGUGUGCGCUUGCAUGUUGCAGUGUAUUUAAUGUGUGGUCCAGAGAUGCCAAAAGGUCGGACACCCUUGGAAAUUAAUCUGUUGGAAUGUGUGCUAGUACAAAGUUGUAAGGCAAUUUUAGAGUUGUAAACAAAGAAAAGCUUGUAUUAUAUUAACCUUUGCACUCCAAGUUGUACACCGGAGGGGGCAGGAGUGGUCUCUUGUACUGUAACAUGUGUGGGGUUUUACUGUGAGCCAGUAAAUGUCAAGCAAAAGGCAAGUAAUAUAACCACAGAUUUCCUGUGCUGAUCAUGAGCACUUGAAGAGUUUUGUUCCAUUCUGCAUAACUUGCACAAGUAAUUGUAAGUUCGGUCUUAUAUGUUUGUGUUGAAGUUACUACCAUCAUUUUUCCCCUAUCCAUUUUUUUUUUUGACUUCUUAAAUAAAGAUGUUUGUCCAAGA